AGCUUUUCUACUAUAUAAUUAUUCCUGUCCCCUUUCCAGAAAGCUUAAAUAAAAAGAUGUGGUUUGGUUUUACAUCAUUGUCCAACGUAUCCUAAGGUAACUGCCUCAUCUUCUUGUUCCUGUUUUUUUGUGCUCAUCCUUUCAGCUUGAGAAAAUAGGCCUAGACUGUGCUUGGUCAAGGAAUCUCAGUGGGUUGUGUUUGGUUACUGAGACUCAUGGUAAAAGAAAAGAAGUUUUGCAAUCUUAAAGCUACCACUCCAUCCCUUACUUGUUAUGAGAUUCAAGGUUUACAUUUAUUUUCCAGUAUUUUUCUCAACAACGAAACAGAGAAAUGGGGGGUUUUGCAUACGUUUCCUGAAUCUUGUUCACAUCUUCUUCUGCUUUCAUGUUUGAUUCAUUUCCAUUGGAUCCCAUUCUCCCUAUCUGUUUUCUGCAAUUUCUCAUGUUCUAUGUCUAUGCCACAGUUUUGUGAAGGCAAGAAGAUACAACAUGGGUGAGAGUCUCUGGACUGUUUUCUGUGGAAGUACCGGGUGUUCAAGUAAAAUUGGAAUGAUAAGCAGUUCUGGGUUCCUAGCCAUCAUCUGUCCAAGUUCAUGUCUCAAUCAUAUUUUGGUCAUUUCUGUAGACAUCAUCCUCUUGUUCUUAUUAUUAUUUAUCUUCAUAUAUAAAGCAUCAGCUUUGAAGAUCUUAUCCCCUCAACAGUCUAGAUGCUUUUCCACAAUGCUAAAUUCUGCUGCCUUUCUUAAUGGUAGUUUGGGGUUGGUUUAUCUGGGUUUGGGGAUCUGGAUUUUGGGAGAGAAGCUGAUUGAAGAGAACACCAUUCUACCUCUGCAUGGCUGGCUAGUGAAUUUAUUACAAGGCUUCGCCUGGUUUUUUCUGGGUUUAGCUGUGAGGUUUAGGAGGCAUCAAGUUCUACAUAUUGCAGGGCUGAAGCUCUGUUCAGUACUUGCAUUCUUUAUUGCAGGUUUUCUCUGUGUUACAUCUUUCUGGGAAGCUAUUGUGAGCGAUGCAGUAUCAGUCAAGAUGAUUUUAGAUGUUAUAUCUUUUCCUGGAGCAAUUCUAUCGAUGUUCUCCACUUUUUCAGGACCGAAAUAUGCAGUAACUGAUUCAGAAAUUGAUGGUGCUGGCUUCUAUACACCUUUGCCUGGUGAAGGAGGCAGUGGUGGUGAUAAAAUCAAUUCAGAUGCCAGCUUACCUCCUUUUCAGAAAGCCGGGCUCAUUAGUAGACUGUCAUUUUGGUGGUUGAAUUCGUUGAUCAAGAAGGGUAAGGAGAAAACCCUUGAGGACAAAGACAUUCCUCAGCUAAGAAGGGAAGAUCGAGCGGAAAUGUGUUACUCAAUGUUCAUGGAACAGCAGAAUAAGCAGAAAAACAAGCGGUCAUCUCGCUCUCCUUCCAUUUUGUCAACUAUAUUGUUGUGGCAGUGGAAACAAAUUUUGAUUUCUGGCUUUUAUGCAUUGAUCAAGGUGCUAACACUUUCUACUGGCCCUCUGUUUCUUAGAGCCUUCAUCCUGGUUGCUGAAGGCAAAGAAGCUUUUGAGUAUGAAGGUUAUGCACUGACAGGAGGGCUCUUCCUUACUAAAUGCUUAGAAUCAUUAUCAGAGAGGCAAUGGUUCUUUCAAACUAGAUUGAUUGGGCUCCAAGUGAGAUCAUUUCUAUCUGCAGCCAUCUAUCAGAAGCAGCUUAAGCUCUCAAAUGCUGCAAAGGGGUCGUAUUCCCCUGGUCAGAUCAUUAACUUUGUUACCAUUGAUGCUUACAAAAUAGGUGAAUACCCGUACUGGUUUCACCAGAUAUGGUCAACAAGCCUCCAGUUGUGUCUGGCAUUGAUUAUUAUUUACUACUCGGUGGGGCUUGCAACUAUAGCAGCUCUGUUUGUAGUAAUAUUGACUGUAGUUGCAAACUCUCCUAUGGGAAAGUUACAACACAAGUACCAGAAAAUGCUCAUGGGAACUCAGGACAAGAGGCUGAAGGCUUUCACAGAGGCACUUACAAACAUGAAAAUUCUGAAGCUGUAUGCUUGGGAGUCUCACUUCAAGAAUGUCAUAGAAGGGUUGAGGAAAGAGGAAUUCAAGUGGUUAUCAUCAGUUCUGUCACAGAGAGGGUACAAUCUGAUUCUGUUUUGGUCCUCUCCCAUUGUAGUAUCGGCGGUUACUUUCUGGGCAUGCUACUUUCUUGGAACUACUCUCUCUGCGACCAAUGUUUUCACAUUUAUGGCAAGUUUACGCCUUGCCCAGGAGCCAAUAAGGCUAAUCCCUGAUGUCAUUUCAGCAUUCAUUGAGGCCAAGGUUUCGUUAGAUCGGAUUGCAAAGUUUCUUGAUGAACCAGAGCUGCAGAACAAACAUGUAAGGAAGAUGUGUGAUGGGAAGGAGCUGGAGGAAUCCAUUUUUAUCAAGAGCAACAGAAUUUCAUGGGAGGAUAACUCUACAAGGGCUAUGCUAAGGAACAUAAAUUUGGUGGUUAAGCCUGGGGAAAAGGUAGCAAUUUGUGGAGAGGUUGGCUCAGGCAAAUCGACACUAUUAGCUGCUAUUCUUGGAGAAGUUCCACACGUUAAUGGCAUAGUUCGAGUUUAUGGAAAGAUUGCUUACGUCUCUCAGACAGCAUGGAUUCCAACAGGGACCAUAAGAGAAAAUAUUCUGUUUGGCUCUGCUAUGGAUCCUUACAGAUACAGAGAGGCUAUUGAGAAGUGUGCCCUAGUGAAGGACCUUGAGAUGCUUCCAUUUGGUGAUCUCACUGAAAUAGGAGAAAGAGGUGUUAAUCUGAGUGGUGGACAGAAGCAGCGGGUUCAACUCGCACGCGCAUUAUAUCAGGAUGCAGAUGUAUAUCUCCUGGAUGAUCCAUUUAGUGCGGUCGAUGCACAUACUGCUACCAGUCUAUUUAACGAAUAUGUCAUGGGAGCUCUAUCAACGAAGACAGUCAUACUUGUGACCCACCAAGUGGACUUCCUUCCAGCAUUUGAUUCGGUUCUGUUAAUGUCCGAAGGGGAGAUCCUGCAAGCUGCUACCUUUGAGCAACUGAUGCACUCUAGUCAAGAGUUCCAGGACCUUGUUAAUGCACACAAUGCCACAGUUGGUUCCGAGAGGCAACCUGAGCAAGAUUCUACCCAGAAAUCUAAAAUUCCAAAGGGAGAGAUACAGAAGAUUUACACCGAGAAACAAUUGAGAGACACAUCAGGAGAGCAGUUAAUUAAGAAAGAAGAAAGAGAAAUGGGAGACACUGGUCUCAAGCCUUACCUACAAUACUUGAAAUACAGCAAGGGAUUCUUGUACUUCUUUUUGGCAACUCUAUCUCAUGUCAUAUUCAUUGUUGGACAGUUGGUGCAAAACUAUUGGUUGGCUGCAAAUGUCCAGAAUUCUAGUGUUAGCCAAUUGAAACUGAUUGCAGUAUACACAGGGAUCGGAUUAAGCUUAUCACUCUUUUUGUUGCUCCGGUCUUUUUUCGUUGUUCUUUUAGGCCUUGAGGCGUCACAAUCUAUUUUCUCCACACUGCUGAGCUCUCUUUUUCGAGCACCAAUGUCCUUUUAUGACUCAACACCCCUGGGAAGGAUACUCAGUCGGGUAUCUUCUGAUUUGAGUGCAGUUGACCUUGAUGUGGCCUUCAAAUUCACUUUUGCUGUUGGGGCAGCUAUGAAUGCUUAUGCCAGUUUUGGAGUGUUGGCUAUUCUUGCCUGGGAACUUGUGUUUGUCAUUUUACCAACAAUUUAUCUAAGUAUACUCAUCCAGAGGUACUACUUUGCUGCUGGAAAAGAGUUGAUGCGAAUCAAUGGCACAACCAAGUCUUUUGUUGCAAGCCAUCUUGCUGAGUCCAUUACUGGAGCUAUGACAAUUAGAGCUUUCCGGGAGGAAGAUAGACACUUUUCAAAGAAUUUGGACUUCAUUGACAUGAAUGCAAGUCCAUUCUUCUAUAGUUUCACAGCAAAUGAGUGGUUGAUCCAACGCCUUGAAAUACUAUGUGCAAUCGUUCUCUCAUCUUCAGCCCUUGCCCUAACUUUGAUUCACACAAGUGCUUCUAAAGCUGGAUUUAUUGGAAUGGCAUUGUCAUAUGGUCUUUCAGUGAAUGUAUUCCUCGUAUUUUCUGUCCAAAGCCAGUGCCUUUUAGCAAAUAUGAUUGUUUCUGUUGAAAGAUUAGAACAGUUCAUGAAUAUUCCUAGCGAAGCCCCUGCCGUCAUAGAGAGCAAUCAACCACCACUCAGUUGGCCUGCUAUUGGUGAAGUGGAAAUUUAUGAUUUGAAGGUUAAGUAUCGGCCCAAUGCUCCUUUAGUUCUUCAAGGAAUUAGUUGCAAAUUUGGAGGAGGACAGAAAAUUGGGAUCGUUGGCCGGACUGGUAGUGGAAAGACAACACUUAUCAGCACUUUGUUUCGCUUGGUAGAGCCUACAGAGGGACAGAUAAUUAUAGAUGGCAUAAAUAUUUCCACAAUUGGGGUUCAUGAUCUCAGAUCACGUCUUGGGAUCAUUCCACAAGAACCAACUCUUUUUAGCGGAUCUGUAAGAUACAAUCUUGACCCUUUAUCACUGCAUACUGAUGAGGAAAUAUGGGAGGUUCUGGAAAAAUGUCAACUUCGAGGGGCUGUUCAAGAGAAAGAAGAGGGUCUGGACUCCUUAGGUAUGAAGCAUAAUACACACAGGUACCAUUCUUUGGACUCAAAAACUCUUGCUAACAAUCUCUCCCCUACAGUUGUACAAGACGGAUCAAAUUGGAGCAUGGGCCAGCGACAAUUAUUCUGUUUGGGACGUGCUCUACUGAAGAGAAGUCGGAUACUAGUGCUCGAUGAAGCCACAGCAUCCAUUGACAAUGCGACAGACUCCAUUCUCCAGAAGACGAUAAGGACAGAAUUUGCAGACUGCACUGUAAUAACAGUAGCCCACAGAAUCCCAACCGUGAUGGACUGCACAAUGGUGCUUGCUAUCAGAGAUGGAAAAUUGGUAGAGUAUGAUGAGCCAAUGAAGCUGAUAAAGAAGGAGGGAUCGCUGUUUGGCCAGCUUGUCAAGGAGUACUGGUCUCGCUCUUCAAAUGGCGGAAACACCUCCGAAGAUUGGCUCUGAAACUUAAACAAGUUUUGAAAUCUAAUAGUAUGCUUUUUCAGUAUGAGGAAUUGGGGUUUCGAUUUGUUGUUCUACCUACUAGAUAGUAUCAGUAAGGAAUAAUAAAUUGCAUUUCAAAACAUCGUCUUCUUCAGAUUGUUAGGAUAGAUGAUUUUCCAACAAAAGCUUUCGCUUCAAUCUCA